UUCAGUGUACAGUUCUGCAACCCUUGACAAAUUCUGUAAGUUUUGACACUGCCACAAUGAAGAUAUAGAACAAUUCUAUCGCCUCCCAGUACGGUUGACCCUUGGACAACGCGGGAGUUAGUGGCUCCAACUCCCUGCACAAUAGAAAAUUUGCAUAUAACUUUGGACUCCACCAGAAUUUAACUACUAAUAAUAGCCUAGUGUUGACCGGAAGCUUCACCAAUAACAUAAACAAUCAAUUAACAUAUAUUUUGUAUGUUAUAUGUAUUAUAUACUGUGUUCUUACGAUAAAGUAGGCUAGAGAAAAGAAAAUGUUAUUAUUAAGAUAAUCAUAAGGAAAACACAUUUUCAGUACAGCACUGUAUUUGUCGAUACUUAUGUCUUCUGUUUACAAGAGGAAUCAUCUGUUAGUACCUACAUUCAUAUUGUCUAAUAUGAUACAGAACACUGUAGAUGUUAUACAGAUUAUUAACACUAGACAUCAAAAAUGAAAAGAUAAUGUGAAAAAGAAUUUCAUAUUUAUUUACAGUUUUACUGAUUCAUGCAUUGAUAACGAAGAAGCAGUAAUAUGAUUGCUUUAUGGUAGCCUAGUGUAGUCGGUAUGAUUGCUUCACGGUAGCUUAGCCUCUACACGAAUGAAUGAAUCGUUAUAAAAUUUUAUGGCAUACAGUACUACAGUCAUAGUCAUAAUACAGUAUUGGAAACAUUGUUACGUUAAAAAAUCUCCACUUACCUGUGAUGACAGGCUGAUAAGCAGUUUCUCCAAUUGUGAGGGAGAAGGGCAGACUGUACAGUAAUAUAAUUCUUUGAAAGCAAAGUUAUAAAACAGUAAGAAAACUAACACAUUAAUUUUAUAAAAAUAUCACCAUAUGCCUAUGUAUGGAUAGAAUAGUAUCUACAUAUAUUUUAUGCUUUCAUGACAUUCCUACAUUUUUCUUAAUAUUUUCAAUAUUUCUAGGUUCCACAGUUCGUCUGUGAGUUUUUUCAAAUUGUUGCAAAUCUCCAAAAAUUUUUCCAAUAUAUUUAUUGAAAGAAAUCUGCGUAUAAAUGGACCCAUGUAGUUCAAAUCUGUGUUAUUCAAGGGUCAACUGUAUUCCCCCUUUGUAAUCAAGCCCUUGCCGCACCCUGGCCCUUGGUAAUCAUUGAUAUAUUUUUGGUCUCUAUAGUUUUGCCUUUCUGAUAAUGUUACACAAGUGGAAUAAUACAGUAUGUAGCUUUUUGAGUCUGGCUUCUUUCACUCAGCAUAAUACAUUUGAGGUUCACCCAUGUUGUUGCAUGUAUCAUUAGUUCUUUCAGUUUUAUCUUGGAGUAGUAUUACAUUGUGUACAUUACAGUUUGUUUAUUCAUUCACUGGCUGAAAAACAUUUGGGUUGUUUCCAUCUUUUGGUGAUUACAAAUAUACCUGCUAUAUAAAUGUUCACGUUCAGGUUCUGGGGUUUACAUAAGUUAUCUUUCUACUUGGGUAGAUAUACCUGUGAGUUUCCAUGGGUCCUAUGGGAGUAUGCUUAACUUCAUGAGAAGCUAGAAAACUGUGCCAAAGUGGCUGUGCCAGUUUGCAUUCCUAUCUGUGAUAAAUGAGACUUCCAGUUGUUCCACAGCAUCACCGGCACUUGGCAUUGUCAGGGACUCAUGACAUUUGAGGAUGUGGCUGUGGGUUUCACCCAGGAGGAGUGGCAGUACCUGAACCCUCCACAGAGGACCCUGUACAGAGACGUGAUGCUGGAGACCUACAGCAACCUGGUCUCUGUGGCAGGACAGCAGGUGACCAAACCAGAUCUCAUCGUCAAAUUGGAGGUAGAAGAGCUAUGCCUGCCAGAAGGAAAAAUCCCAAUUUGGAGCUUUCCAGAAGAAGUCUGCCAGGUUGAUGAACAGUUUGAGAGACAGCAUCAGGAGGACCAAGAUAAAUAUCUGAUCCAAGUUGGAUUCCCUGACAAGAAAAUAGUUACCACCAGGAGUGGCCUUGACUAUAAUGAAUUUGGAAACAUACUUCAUCUGAGUACAGACUUUGUUGCUUCAAUACAAAGGCCCCAUAAAUAUGAGUCAUUUGGAUAUACUAUGGUAGAUAAUUUAGAUUUAUUUAGUAGAAGCUCUGCAGGAAAGAAACAUGAUAAUGGAUGUGCAAAGUUAUUCUUCCAUACUGAGUAUGAGAAGACAACUCCUGGAGUGAAACCCUAUGGAUAUAAAGAGUGUGGGAAGACCCUCAGGCAAAAGAAAGGUCUUAGUCUACAUCAGAGAAUUAAAAAUGGAGAGAAACCCUUUGAAUGUACUGCAUGUAGGAAAACCUUCAGCAAGAAGUCACACCUCAUAGUACAUUGGAGAACUCAUACAGGAGAGAAACCCUUUGGAUGUACCGAAUGUGGAAAAGCAUUUAGCCAAAAAUCUCAGCUCAUUAUACACCUGAGAACUCAUACAGGAGAGCGACCUUUUGAGUGUCCAGAAUGUGGAAAAGCCUUCAGAGAAAAGUCAACUGUCAUUAUACAUUACAGGACUCAUACUGGAGAGAAACCUUAUGAAUGUAACGAAUGUGGAAAAGCCUUUACUCAGAAGUCAAACCUCAUUGUCCAUCAGAAAACCCACACAGGAGAAAAAACUUAUGAAUGCACCAAAUGUGGAGAAUCUUUCAUACAGAAGCUUGAUCUAAUUAUACAUCAUAGUACUCAUACAGGAAAGAAACCCCAUGAAUGUAAUGAAUGUAAGAAAACUUUCAGCGAUAAGUCAACUCUCAUUAUACAUCAAAGAACUCAUACAGGAGAGAAACCGCAUAAGUGUACAGAAUGUGGGAAGUCUUUCAAUGAGAAGUCAACCCUCAUUGUGCAUCAGCGAACUCAUACAGGAGAGAAACCCUAUGAAUGUGAUGUGUGUGGGAAAACCUUCACCCAAAAGUCAAACCUUGGUGUACAUCAAAGAACUCAUUCAGGAGAGAAACCCUUUGAAUGUAAUGAAUGUGAGAAAGCAUUCUCUCAGAAAUCCUAUCUCAUGCUACACCAGAGAGGUCAUACAGGAGAGAAGCCCUAUGAAUGCAAUGAAUGUGAAAAAGCAUUUUCCCAGAAAUCAUAUCUCAUUAUACAUCAAAGAACACAUACAGAAGAAAAACCCUAUAAAUGUAAUGAAUGUGGCAAAGCCUUUAGAGAAAAGUCGAAGCUCAUUAUACAUCAGAGAAUUCAUACAGGAGAGAAACCCUAUGAAUGUCCUGUAUGUUGGAAAGCUUUCAGCCAGAAGUCACAGCUCAUAAUACAUCAGCGAACACACACAGGAGAGAAACCCUAUGCAUGUACUGAGUGUGGCAAAGCCUUCAGAGAAAAAUCAACAUUCACUGUACAUCAGAGAACUCAUACUGGAGAGAAACCCUAUAAGUGUGCAGAAUGUGGGAAAGCCUUUACUCAAAAAUCAAAUCUUAUUGUACAUCAGAGAACACAUACAGGAAAGAAAGCCCAUGGGAAAGGCCAUACCCGGAAGUCCAAGCUCAUUGCACAUUAGAGAGUCAACAGUGCAGUUGUGUUCACCAAAGGAAAAUUUUGUCAGUUUAACAUUUUAAAAGUAUGUUCUGACUUCUGGUUUAAAUACGGGGAGUAAAGUCAGCCUUUUUUUUCUUUUCAUCUCAGUCUUCACCCAAAAGCUACUAGAAGAAAAAGAAGUGGACGUGUAAUCUCUGUAUCUGACAAAAUUAGGAGAGAGCUGAAACCCUGAUGAGAGGGCUGCCAGAGGCAGAGGAAAUCAAGCACCAGUGCAAGGAGAUUUCAAAGGCUAGAGAGGAGUGGUCAAGGCUGCAGGUGUGAGAUAGCACUGGUAAGGACUCAGCCAAGUUUCAGGCUGAGAGCAAGACUAUAUAGAUACUGGUAACAGCAUGGUCAGGUGGGACGUUUCCUAGACCCAUCUGGAGUCUCAGGAGAGACAGGCAAGGGCCUCAACAAGGAAGUGCUCAGACAAGCCAUAUUUGCAGAAAAUAGCCUAUAUUCAUGAGAGGAGAAGUUGGCAGGGGCUGGGGAAAGAGAAGGGAGUGUUCUUGUGAAGAACCCAACAGCUGCCUUUAAUUACUGACUCCAGAGAAGUCAAGUCUGAAAGAACUAACCAAAUGGAAAAAAAAUUCCAGUUAGAAAAACUCUGAUCUGCCUAGAAUGUGGCCCCAUUUCUUCCUUUACAUGAACUUCCAGCAAACAGCAAGUCCAGGAAAAACUCUUAUUCAAUGAGGAAUGAUUCCAAAGCAGUCAAAACCACAAAUGCACAUGGCUUUUGAGCCAGCAAUUCCACUUCUAGGAAUGUAUGUACUCAUGCAUGUACAAAAUGAUGAACACACAAAGGUAUUCAAUGAUGCACUGUUUGUGAAACCAAGAUACUGGAAGCUUUCCACAUGGCUCCUGAAAUCCUGGAAUGUUCAUACAGCAACCUUUUAGGUAGAGAAAAAAAAUGGAUAGAUAAAGAGAACUUGGACACCAUUUGUGUAGUGAUGUGGGAUGAUCUCCAAUAUACAUUAUUAGGUGAUAAAAACAAGGUGCAGGAUAGUGAGGACAAUAUGCUACCAUUUGUAUAUAAAAAGGGGAACAAAUGGUAAGUACAUAAUUGAGCGUAUACUCAUAAACUAUCUCUAGAAAGAUACACGAGAAGCUUGGAACCCUGAUUACCUCUGGGAAGGGGGAAGGGAAGUGGGUGGCUGGAGGGAAGGAAUUGGGAGGGAGACAAUUGUAUAUCCUUUCAGAACUUUUGAAAAUUGUACUAUGUGGAUGUACUACCUUUUCAAAAAAUAAAACUUCUUAA